AUGUCUUUUAGCAGCUUGCAAAGUCGCGAGACCAUCCACGAUCCAACAAUCCGACAAUUUCCAGUAAAUAAUUUGGUCUCCCCCAACCUAGGAUUUCGAACCAGGUAUCUUCCAUCAUCCAGCAUGGACACCGCCAAAUCCCCCGCCUCCAAGGCCGCCGAGAUCACCAAAGAGCUAGGCACCAAGGCAGAGAACAAGGCCGAGCAAGUCAAAGAAAAACUCACCUACCUCUGGCACGAAAUCGCUCCCUGGCAACAGGACAACCACUACAUCACCUCCGGCUACCGCCCGCAAUCCAACUCGUACGCCAAAUCCUGGAAAUCCCUCUUCUACAUCCACAACGAGACAGUAAACAUCUACACGCACCUCCUCGGCGCCGUCGUCUUCCUCAUAACCUCCUACGUCCUCUUCAGCGAGCUGAAGCCCCGCUACGACACAGCGACGAGAGAGGAUGUUUAUGUGUUCGCGUGUUUCUUUGCCGGCGCGGUCGCUUGUCUGGGGAUGAGCGGCACGUAUCAUACGAUUCAGAACCAUUCGCAUGAGGUGGCGGUCUGGGGGAAUAAGUUGGAUUAUCUGGGGAUUGUGGGGUUGAUUUGGGGGAGCUUUGUGCCGGUGCUAUACUAUGCGUUUCAAGCUGAGACGGGGCUGAUGAGGGUCUAUUGGACUAUGAUCACAACUCUGGCGGCAGGUACGUCCGUCGCCUGCACACACCCGCAGUUCCGCACUCCUGCGCUCCGCCCUGUUCGUGCGCUGAUGUUCGUGCUCAUGGGUCUCUCCGCCGUGUUCCCCGUUUUGCACGGCAUCAAGCUUUACGGUGUGGGUCACCUCCAGCGCUCCAUCGGACUGAACUGGGUCGUGUUCCAGGGCGUGUUGUACAUUGUGGGCGCGGGCCUGUAUGCGGCGAGGGUGCCGGAGAAAUGGGCACCUGGACGGUUCGAUAUAUGGGGGAGCAGCCAUCAGAUUUUCCAUGUUUUGGUUGUGCUGGCUGCGGCGAGCCAUUUGGUAGGGCUGGUGAGGGCGUUUGAUUAUGCGCAUAGCUCGAGGGCUGUUGUGGACAAGGUGUUGGGACUCUGA